CACGCAGGCGCACUGCGGUUCCCCGGGCGGCGGCGGCGGUGGCGGCACCUCGGGUUUGUCGGCUCCCUCCCAUCUAGGCCGGCCCCGGCCCGUCUCGCCCCCCCCGAGGAACUCACUGUUUGGGGUUGUGGACUUUCUCAUCGUGCCCCAGAAAAGUAAAUUUGUGGGGGGGGAAGCCGGAAGUACCGUCUCGCGAUUCCCCCCCAUACAAUCGGGGAAACGGAAGUGAACUUUCGAGCCAGGUUGGAGACCGGAAGUGACGAGAGCAGUCUGCCAUGGAGCCUAGCGAUAGUACCAGUACCGCUAUGGAGGAGCCGGACAGCUUGGAGGUACUGGUGAAGACCCUGGACUCUCAGACUCGGACUUUUAUUGUGGGGGCCCAGAUGAAUGUGAAGGAGUUUAAGGAACAUAUUGCUGCUUCUGUCAGCAUCCCUUCUGAGAAACAACGGCUCAUCUACCAGGGGCGAGUUCUGCAAGAUGAUAAGAAGCUCCAGGAAUACAAUGUUGGGGGAAAGGUUAUCCACCUGGUAGAGCGGGCGCCCCCUCAGACUCAGCUUCCUUCUGGAGCGUCUUCUGGGACAGGGUCUGCCUCAGCUACCCAUGGUGGGGCACCCCUGCCUGGUACUCGGGGGCCUGGGGCUUCUGUUCAUGACCGGAAUGCCAACAGCUAUGUCAUGGUUGGAACCUUCAAUCUUCCUAGUGACGGCUCUGCUGUGGAUGUCCACAUCAACAUGGAACAGGCCCCAAUUCAGAGUGAGCCCCGGGUACGGUUGGUGAUGGCUCAGCACAUGAUCAGAGAUAUACAGACCUUACUGUCCCGGAUGGAGUGUCGAGGGGGGACCCAAGCCCAGGCCAGUCAGCAACCCCUGCAGACGCCGACAGUGGCCUCAGAGACAGUAGCCUUGCGCUUACAAACAUCAGAGCCAGUCGAAAGCGAAGCACCUCCUCGGGAGCCCAUGGAGUCAGAAGAAAUGGAGGCGCGCCCCCCAGCGCAGAGCCCAGAGCUCACCCCUGCCGGCCCAGCCCCAGCAGCAGGCCCUGCACCUGCCCCAGAGACAAAUGCACCCAACCACCCUUCCCCUGCAGAGCACGUCGAGGUGCUCCAGGAACUGCAGCGCCUUCAGCGCCGUCUCCAGCCCUUUCUGCAGCGGUACUGUGAGGUCCUGGGCGCCGCUGCCACCACGGAUUACAACAACAACCAUGAAGGCCGUGAGGAGGACCAGAGGUUGAUCAACUUGGUUGGAGAGAGUCUGCGGCUGCUGGGCAACACUUUUGUGGCACUGUCUGAUCUGCGAUGCAAUCUGGCCUGUGCACCCCCACGGCACCUGCACGUGGUCCGGCCCAUGUCUCACUACACAACUCCGAUGGUGCUCCAGCAGGCCGCCAUUCCCAUCCAGAUCAAUGUGGGGACCACUGUAACCAUGACAGGCAAUGGGACUCGGCCCCCGCCGGCUCCCAAUACGGAGGCACCUUCCCCAGGUUCUGGCCAGGCCUCGUCCCUGCCCCCAUCUUCUACCACUGUUGACUCCUCAACUGAAGGAGCUCCCCCACCAGGACCAGCUCCCCCACCAGCCACUAGCCACCCGAGAGUCAUCCGGAUUUCCCACCAGAGUGUGGAACCCGUGGUCAUGAUGCACAUGAACAUUCAAGGUGAGCUAGAUUCGGGAACCCAGCCCAGUGCAGCCCCGAGUGCCCCCACUGGCUCCCUUGGACCUCCUGGUCAUGGACAGACCCUGGGCUCCACCCUCAUCCAGCUGCCCUCCCUGCCCCCUGAGUUCAUGCACGCCGUCGCCCACCAGAUCACCCAUCAGGCCAUGGUGGCAGCUGUUGCCUCCGCGGCCGCAGGACAACAAGUGCCAGGCUUCCCUACAGCUCCAACUCGGGUGGUGAUUGCCCGACCCACCCCUCCACAGGCUCGACCCUCUCAUCCUGGAGGCCCCCAAGUCUCUGGGGCUUUGCAGGGUGCUGGGCUGGGUACAAAUGCUUCAUUGGCCCAGAUGGUGAGCGGCCUUGUGGGUCAACUUCUUAUGCAGCCCGUCCUUGUGGCUCCAGGAACCGCAGGAAUGGCUCCAUCUCCAGCCCCUGCCACUGCUUCGGCUAGCGCUGCCACAACCAACACAGCCACCACCGCCGGCCCUGCCCCCGGGGGAUCUGCUCAGCCUCCACCUCCUCAGCCCUCUGCAGCCGACCUUCAGUUCUCUCAGCUCCUGGGAAACCUGCUGGGGCCUGCAGGGCCAGGGGCUGGCGGGCCUGGCAUGGCUUCUCCCACCAUCACUGUGGCGAUGCCUGCCGUGCCUGCUUUUCUCCAGGGCAUGACCGAUUUCUUGCAGGCAUCACAGACGGCCCCUCCACCGCCUCCACCGCCCCCACCUCCACCCCCUGCCCCAGAGCAGCAGACCACCCCCUCACCAGGGUCCCCUUCUGGUGGUACGGGGAGUCCUGGAGGCCUAGGUCCCGAGAGCCUGCCACCAGAGUUCUUCACCUCAGUGGUGCAGGGCGUGCUGAGCUCCCUCCUGGGCUCCCUGGGGGCUCGGGCUGGCAGCAGCGAGAGCAUCGCUGCCUUCAUCCAGCGCCUCAGCGGGUCCAGCAACAUCUUCGAGCCCGGGGCUGACGGAGCCCUUGGAUUCUUUGGGGCCCUGCUCUCUCUGCUGUGCCAGAACUUUUCCAUGGUGGAUGUGGUGAUGCUGCUUCAUGGGCAUUUCCAGCCACUGCAGCGACUCCAGCCCCAGUUACGGUCCUUCUUCCACCAGCACUACCUUGGGGGCCAGGAGCCUACACCUGGUAACAUCCGGAUGGCAACCCACACAUUGAUCACCGGGCUAGAAGAGUACGUGCGGGAGAGUUUUUCUCUGGUGCAGGUUCAGCCAGGCGUGGACAUCAUCCGGACAAACUUAGAAUUCCUCCAAGAGCAGUUUAAUAGUAUUGCUGCUCACGUGCUGCACUGCACAGACAGUGGAUUUGGAGCCCGGUUGCUUGAGUUGUGUAACCAGGGCCUCUUUGAAUGCUUGGCCCUAAACCUGCACUGCUUGGGGGGACAGCAAAUGGAGCUUGCUGCUGUCAUCAACGGCCGAAUUCGUCGUAUGUCUCGUGGGGUGAAUCCAUCCUUGGUCAGCUGGCUGACAACCAUGAUGGGACUGAGGCUUCAGGUGGUUUUGGAGCACAUGCCUGUGGGCCCUGAUGCCAUUCUCAGAUAUGUUCGCAGGGUUGGUGAUCCUCCCCAGCCGCUUCCUGAAGAGCCAAUGGAAGUUCAAGGAGCAGAAAGAACUUCCCCUGAGCCUCAGCGGGAGAAUGCUUCCCCAGCCCCUGGAACAACAGCAGAAGAGGCCAUGUCCCGAGGUCCACCCCCUGCUCCUGAGGGGGGCUCGAGAGAUGAACAGGAUGGAACUUCAGCCGAUACAGAACCGUGGGCAGCUACAGUCCCCCCAGAAUGGGUCCCUAUCAUCCAGCAGGACAUUCAGAGCCAGCGGAAGGUGAAGCCUCAGCCGCCCUUGAGUGAUGCCUACCUCAGUGGUAUGCCUGCCAAGAGACGCAAGACGAUGCAGGGUGAGGGCCCCCAGCUGCUCCUCUCAGAGGCUGUGAGCCGGGCAGCUAAGGCAGCCGGAGCUCGGCCCCUGACAAGCCCAGAGAGCCUGAGCCGAGACCUGGAGGCACCAGAGGUCCAGGAGAGCUACAGGCAGCAGCUCCGGUCUGACAUACAGAGACGACUGCAGGAAGACCCCAACUACAGCCCCCAGCGCUUCCCUAAUACCCACCGGGCAUUUGCUGAGGACCCCUAGCUCUCUUCACCAGGGGACCAUUCCCUUCCCUCACAGUAUUUAAGAAAUAAAAGUCGGAUUUUGCUGGC